AUGUUCAGCCGUCGGGUGGCCAGCUGCUGCCCCAUUCCCACGGCGAUGUAUCGCGCGCUGCACAUUAACAGCCGGCGCCAGGCCCACCGUCUCGUGCCGCCCCUCGUUGCCCUGUCCCCGCGGGAGAUGCGCCUCGCUUGCACGGGCGUCGUCGCAGUGCANAUCGCGCGCUGCACAUUAACAGCCGGCGCCAGGCCCACCGUCUCGUGCCGCCCCUCGUUGCCCUGUCCCCGCGGGAGAUGCGCGUCGCUUGCACGGGCGUCGUCGCAGUGCAGGCGAGUGAGUUCCUCCCCGCCGAUCUCGCAGCGGUGCCGUCACUCUCGGCGCUGCUCGGGCUGCCCGCGCAGAUGCUAUUGA